UCAUUUUUUAAAGCAUAAAACUUGUGCUGCCACUCGAAGAUACAAAACUAGAUCAUUUCAUUUCUUUCACGGAACCAUCUGGACAGAAUACCACUUUGAGAUGGGGACUUUUAAACCUGAGGAUUGUGAAGUCUUUGCUGAGUUCCGUGGAAUUCUAAUAGAUAAACGUUUCACCAAAUAUUGGGAUGAUGUUGAAACAUUCCUGGCGAGACCAGAUGAUCUCGUCAUUGCUACUUAUCCUAAAUCUGGUACCACGUGGGUUAGUGAAAUUGUGUACAUGAUCUAUAAGGAAGGUGAUGUAGAAAAAUGCAAGGAAGAUGCAAUUUUUAAUAGAGUACCUUACCUGGAAUGCAGAAAUGAAGAGUUAAUAAAUGGAGUAAAACAAUUAAAGGAGAAGAAAUCUCCUAGAAUAAUAAAAACCCACCUGCCACCCCAGCUUCUUCCAGUAUCAUUUUGGGAGAAGAAUUGCAAGAUGAUCUAUAUUUGCCGGAAUGCCAAGGAUGUGGCGGUUUCUUAUUAUUACUUUUUCCUAAUGAUAACGAGUUAUCCAAAUCCUGAAUCCUUUUUGGAAUUUGUGGAGAAAUUUAUGCAAGGACAAGUUUUGUAUGGUUCCUGGUAUGAUCAUGUGAAAUCUUGGUGGGAAAAGAGUAAGAAUCCAUCUAUACUAUUUAUGUUCUAUGAAGACAUGAUAGAGGAUAUCAGAAGAGAAGUGAUAAAAUUGAUAAAAUUUUUGGGGAAAAAUCCUUCAGAGGAGCUCAUGGACAAAAUCAUUCAGCAUACUUCAUUCCAGGAGAUGAAGAACAAUCCAUCCACCAAUUAUACAACAAUGCCGGAGGACAUGAUGAGCACCAAAGUAUCACCUUUCAUGAGAAAGGGAAUUGUAGGAGACUGGAAGAACCACUUUACAGUAGCACUGAAGGAGAGGUUUGAUGAGCACUAUGAGCAACAGAUGAAGGAAUGCACCCUGAAGUUUAGAGAUAUGCUCUGAGUUGUUUCUUAAUCUUAUAUCUGAAACUGGAACAUUCUUCAAUUUAUCCUCCAGUUUAUGCUGGUUUGUCUUUCCAUAGAAGUAAAAAUCUUUUGAAGGCU